AUGGACGGCGAAAAGGCCAGCGAAAAGGCCAGCGAAAAAGCCAGCGAAAUGGACGGCGAAAAGGUUCCGAUCCAAGCUCUGGGGAAAAUGCAGAUGUCCGUGCGCCUCAGAUCGUCCCUUCCUGCUCUUUUGCUUGUUUUGCCCGUUUUGAAAACGCCGGAUACAGGUGCUUUACGUCAUGCAUCAGGGUCUAGGCCCCUAAUUAGCCUGAGCUGCUCGAGCCUGCGCUUAUCCAUCUUUCAGCGCACAGGCCAAGUCGUAUUCUCUCCCAGUCCCAGCACUCAACUGCUGUAG